CCAUCAUUUGUUUUAACCCAAAGAUGUCAUCAUUAAAAAAAAAAAAGUUAAAAACAAGAAAACGAAAACCCCAAACUCGUCAUCUCUCUCUGGACAGUGACAAAAAGAGAAAAAGAAAAAAAGGCAUGGCCCACGGUGGCUACGGUAAGCGGCGCGUGGCGGAGAGGAAGCGUGUAGGUCGGCGAUCAAAAGGACCUGGCGUAGACAAGAAACCAAAGCCAAAAGCCGUUUCUCUCAAGAACCAGAUACGCUCCAUUGAACGCAUGCUACGAAAGGAUCUUCCACCUGAAGUUAGAGAGGCUCAAGAACGGAAGUUAGAAGGGCUUAAGAAACAACAAGAAAUCCAUACCCGACUCGCUGUGGAACGAAAAUUAUUCUUGCGGGACAGAAAGAUUAAGUUUUUUGAGAGAAGAAAGAUAGAGAGGAGAAUAAGGCGUUUAGAGAAGCUGCAACGUACUUCAUCUGGUCAGGCGCAAGACGCGGAGAUUGCUGAGCAGCUUUCUAAAUUGAAAGAAGAUCUUGAAUAUGUUAGGUUUUUCCCCAAGACUGAGAAAUAUGUAUCUUUAUUUACGGGAGGUGAUGGUUCAGACGUAGUUGAUAGGAGAAAUAGAUUGCGGAAGCAGAUAAAAGCCAACUUAGUUGCUGCUGCUGCCAGUGGGAAAGAUUUGGAAGAGACAGGGAGUGAGGAUGACGGGCUAUUGGAUUUGAGUGAUGAUGAUUUCUUUUUGACUGGAACCUCAAGUGAUGAAGCUGAUGCGGAUGAUGAAUGGACAGAUAAAAGUACCAGGGAGCAGGCUUCUAGUGCCUCUGGCAAAGCAGCAUCUGGCGUGUCUAGUGAUGAAAGGAAUCAGAGACAGGUUUCUGCCAGAGCUUUAAUGCCACCUCCUAGGCCAUCGACUAAUUCUUUUUCAAAUUCAGUACAUUCAAAAUCAAGGUUUGGGUCUUCAUCUAGCCGAAAUUCAUCCAUACAAAGAGCUGAAAUGUCCACAUCUAGCAACACAUCCAAUAGCAGAAGUGGUUCUUCCUUUAAGGCAGGGGGGUCUUCGAAUCCAAAGACUGGAAACAGUAGUAAUUUAAGUUCCAAUUCUGAUGCUCGCAAACCACGUAGAAAGAGGAGACCAAAAAAGAGAAAGCAACAGGCAUGAAGUGGGCUCGGCUUUGGAAUGAUCCACAAUAACCAAUUGGCAUUAAAGAUGGCUCUAUAAUGGGUGGGCAGCCAGCUGCCUCCACUGAAAAUCUAAACUUUUUUGUAGUAUUAUGUAAUUACAGCAAGUUUAAGAAUAGUUUUAAUUUUGGUGUCACUGAAAUUCAAUUUAGUAUUAUUUUUUGGUGGAUUUAAUUGUAAGGUGUCGAUGCUUUCCUUAGAUAAUUUCCAUUCAUAACAACAGUGAUACAUUGGAAACGGCUAAAGGGGCAUUCAUUUGAAGCCCUUGACAAUAUGGAAGAUGUCCCAUUUGAAGCUUUGGUAGUA